AUGUCUUGUGCAAGAUCCAUAGCAAGUGCAGCAAAUAGACGACAAAUUCUUGAUUCAGUUCUUAUUGCUGGCGAAUGUGUGGACUCCAUAUUGCAGAGUGGUAUUCCUGGAGUUUUAUGCAAACUUGAUAUUGAGAAAGCAUAUGAUCAUGUGAAUUGGAAUUUCCUACUCUAUUUGUUACAAAGAAUGGGGUUUGGAAGUAAAUGGAGGAAGCGGAUUGAGACCUGUCUUUCGUCUGUCAAGUUUUCAGUUCUUGUGAAUGGUUCUCCCGCUGGUUUUUUCGGUUGCUCUCGAGGUAUAAGACAAGGAGAUCCUUUGUCAUCUUUCCUUUUUCUUGUUCUUAUGGAGGGGUUAGGUAGACUAAUGCGCAGGGCAGAGGACCUUGGUUUUAUAAAGGGAUUCAGGGCAGUUUCCAGGCUAAAGGUCAAUGUGGCUAAGAGUGUGCGUGUCCCAGUAGGGAAUGUUCAGAAUAUUUCCUCUUUAGCUGCAGUCCUUGGUUGCAGGGUGAGCUCAUUCCCUAUUCCUUAUUUGGGCUUGCCCCUAGGGGUCUCUUCAAGGUUAGUGGGGAGUUGGGAUUCCGUGAUUGACAGGUAUGCGACGAGAUUGGCAGGAUGGAAGAAGCAAUACUUGUCAAAAGGGGGAAAAGUUACUCUUAUCAAAAAUAGGAUUGAAAAAAUUCAAAGGGAUUUCCUUUGGGAAGGAAAGGGCGAUGAGUUCAAGUACCACCUUGUCAGAUGGGAGGAAGUUUGUAAGCCUGUGAAAUUGGGUAGACUUGGAAUAAGACGUUUAGUUCCUUUCAAUCAAGCUCUCUUGGGUAAAUGGUUAUGGAGAUAUGGGAGGGAAAGACAUCGUCCAUGGCGCAGGUUAGUUUCUUGUCGGUUUGGGGAAGAGGCUGGAGGUUGGUCUACACGUCCGGUUACCCUGGUGGGAGGAGUAGGGAUGUGGAAGGCUAUUCGGAAGGGAUGGGAUGUUUUUUUUGGCUCACAUCAGAUUCAAACUCCGUGA